AAUGGAGGUGCCUGUAUUGAUGAUGUAGCUGGUUAUGUCUGCAAUUGUACUGAAGGAUUUAAUGGAACAGACUGCUCCAAUAACAUAGACGACUGUAAUCCUAAUCCUUGUCAAAAUGGAGGUACCUGUAUUGAUGAAGUAGCUGGUUAUACUUGCAAUUGUACUGAAGGAUUUAAUGGAACAAACUGCUCCAAUAAGAUAGACGAUUGUAGUCCUAAUCCUUGUCAAAAUGGAGGUACCUGUAUUGAUGAAGUAGCUGGUUAUACUUGCAAUUGUACUGAAGGAUUUAAUGGAACAAACUGCUCCAAUAACAUAGACGACUGUAAUCCUAAUCCUUGUCAAAAUGGAGGUACCUGUAUUGAUGAAGUAGCUGGUUAUACUUGCAAUUGUACUGAAGGAUUUAAUGGAACAAACUGCUCCAAUAAGAUAGACGAUUGUAGUCCUAAUCCUUGUCAAAAUGGAGGUACCUGUAUUGAUGAAGUAGCUGGUUAUACUUGCAAUUGUACUGAAGGAUUUAAUGGAACAAACUGCUCCAAUAACAUAGACGAUUGUAGUCCUAAUCCUUGUCAAAAUGGAGGUACCUGUAUUGAUGGAGUAGCUGGUUAUACUUGCAAUUGUACUGAAGGAUUCAAUGGAACAAACUGCUCCAAUAACAUAGACGACUGUAAUCCUAAUCCUUGUCAAAAUGGAGGUACCUGUAUUGAUGAAGUAGCUGGUUAUACUUGCAAUUGUACUGAAGGAUUCAAUGGAACAGACUGCUCCAAUAACAUAGACGACUGUAAUCCUAAUCCUUGUCAAAAUGGAGGUACCUGUAUUGAUGAAGUAGCUGGUUAUACUUGCAAUUGUACUGAAGGAUUUAAUGGAACAAACUGCUCCAAUAAGAUAGACGAUUGUAGUCCUAAUCCUUGUCAAAAUGGAGGUACCUGUAUUGAUGAAGUAGCUGGUUAUACUUGCAAUUGUACUGAAGGAUUUAAUGGAACAAACUGCUCCAAUAACAUAGACGAUUGUAGUCCUAAUCCUUGUCAAAAUGGAGGUACCUGUAUUGAUGGAGUAGCUGGUUAUACUUGCAAUUGUACUGAAGGA